AUGCUCGACUUCAUGGACUACAUCCAGCUCGCCUUUACGGAGGCCACUGACUGCAAUCGCGACAACUCCUACGCCUCCCUGACCGCCACGGCGCAAUCCCUCCUCGACUUCUCCACCCCCGAACGACUGCGUGUCCACCUCUCCUCCCUCGCUACCCCCAAUUUCGCAACUAGUUACACCUUAGGUACUGUCGGCGUGAUUGAUGGCUCCGUGUCCUACCUCUACAGCACUGUCCCCUUCAACAACCUGCCCAGCCGCAGUGCCCUGAUUCCGCUCCGGAAGUUAUCCCCGGGGUAUCGGCAGGCCCAGCCCCCCGUCGCGCCCGUCGACCUCGAGGAUCUCAAGAACAGCAGUGGCAACAGCCGGCAUGACGGGAGCUCCCUCGCCGCCGUGGUCGACGGACCACUGGGCCAGAAACCGACGCUGCUCCACGCAACGCUACACCUCCCCCCGCCGACCACGCUGAACGCGCUCUUCCUCCGUCGCAUCUCCCCGACCAUGCAGCUGGCGCUGGCCGUCUGCUCCACGCGCGGACCGCCGCUCUCCAAGUCCGCCCCGCAGGCCUCCCUGCUCACCCAGCUCUCCCACGACACGGGCAAAUACAGCAACGAGUAUCUCUUCAGCACCGACAACUCCCUCUUCGGCUGGCGGGGCCUGUGGAACUUUGGGCCCGACCCGCGCGCCUCGCUGUCUCUCCCGCCAGACCAGCGCGUGUCGCUCCUCUCCGCCGGUGCCGAAGCGUACUACUCGCCCGUAUCUUCACUAAUUGGAAUGUCAACCGGUCUCCGGUUCAGCACCCUCCCCGCCGCCACCGAGGGUCUCCCUUCCUCCUCCCGCUCCUCCUCCUCCUCCUCUCCCCCGAACGUCUCCUCCCCGAUCUCCACCUUCCCCUACACCAUCACCCUAUCCCUCACACCACUCACGGGCUCCCUCUCCACGACUUACUCCCUGCGCGCCUCGCCCAACCUCGCCUUCGGCUCCCGCUUCGGCUUCAACGUCUACAGCUGGGAAAGCGAGAUGGUCGCCGGCUGCGAACUCUGGCGUCGCUCCAGCCGGAAGGUCACCGACGACGACGACGAGGAUGGACUCGAAUGGGCCCGUCGCAAGAUGCGCACGACCGAGUGGCCCUCGUCGGCUCUCCUCUCCGGGUCGGUGCCUACCACCACUACAUCUCCUCCUCCUCCUCCUUCCCCAACAGACCUCGAGAGCGACCACGCAACCGACUCGGUGCUCAAGAUCCGCGUUGACCAGUCGUGGAAUGUGCGGGUCCUUUGGGAAGGCCGGGUCAAGGAGUUGCUGGAUCAUCUACGGGGUAUAAAGGCUUAG